CAUUCAUAUGCCAUCUAAUCACUUUCAUUUGACCUUUUUAGUUGUCACCCCAUAGACAAACAAAGCUAUUAGUUUAUGCUGGGGAACAAACUAGGGGGAAAAUGCUUAGCCACUGUAAAAGUAUGCAAGUGUUACAGCCAGGAAAGUAAUGGGUAAACUUUUGCUUUCCGGUCCUUAGUUACACAACUUGACCAGUUCUGACUUGAAGCCAUUGCUUCAGUAUUUUCACAAGCAUGUAUUUUAUUGGGCUGACAGUUGUGAGCAGCAUGGGCCCUUUGUGUUUGUUGUGUAUCAUUUCAGUUACAAUUUAUUACUCAGGAAAGCUUUAUUUCCGACAUGCAUCCAUGUGUCUUAAACUCCAUCAUGCUAAACAAACAAACAAACCCUUACUCUAUAGUACAAAACAAAACAGGGUGUGAUAGUUAUUUCUAUUAUAGCAUGAUGUCAUGUUCGUUUAUUGCUCAUUACAGGUGUGGAAUGGGCCUUACACAUGCCUUUCUAAUAAGACUGGGGAAAUAAUUUAAUUAUACCAUGAGAAUUGUAUUAUCGGUAUAAUUCCCAACCCCAGUGUGUUUUAAAACACUUCAAUCCAACUGAUGACCAAGGCUGAUUUGAGUGAGUAUUCUCUCAAGGGUGACUUGUGAUUAGUAUAUUCUACAUGUGCAAUGUUGAAAUUUACUACAGAGUGAUGCAAGUGACAUCUUCCUUGCAUAUUUCACUCUUACGCUAUGGCUGACUCAGAUCUUCAGCUCGUGAACAAGUCUAUUAAGGCAGUUGUAGUGGGUGUGUUGGGCAAAUGAAAACACUGAAAUGUAACACAAUUCCAGGAUCAGCUUUGGGAAACCAUGGUCUCUCUGCUAUUGCAGCUGCCCGUCUACCAGUGUUCAUGACUCAGAAAUUGUGUAAUUGCAGGUGCAAUCUGUAUCGUCAUCAGUAAAAAAAAUCCUGUUUCUUAAAGCUUGGGAAGUAGAAGUGGUUCAAACCGAUAAUAUUAGACUUUCUCCUUCUGGUGUUUGUGUACAGAUUCCUUCUUGAUCUCUAUAGAGGAAAAUGGCUUAAAUAAGGAAUAAGUUCUUGGGAAAUUUCAUUUGUGGGUGGGAAAAAUAUCAGCAAAUUUAUUAUAAGCAUGCACUUUUUAACUAGGCGCCCACUAGAGGUCCUUCUCUUCAGUGGUCUCUGUUCCGCCUUUCACUGGCUGGCUCACUUCCUAUAGCACGCGCUCCGAGAGUGAUCCCGUUCUGCACUCUGAUUGGUCGAAGGCCUUUGUUUUACUCUUUUCUCAUUGGUCAACGCAAUGAGACCACAAAGCCCAUGCGCCCAAAAAGAGUUAGAGAAAGCGGCUGCAAUCCGCUCCACAUUAACCACGCAGCUGAUCUCUGAAGGGGGCGUGCCGACAAAAAACAACUCUUUUCUCCCUUUUCUUUUAGCAUGGCCUAAAUCGUGCCGGAAAAAUUACAAGUGGUUUAUUUUGUGAUCUGUUAAAUUAAUUUGUUUGGGGAGCAAAUAUCUACCUUUGUUUUGUUUUUUUUUACUGCGUUUACGAAUGAACUGCACCAGAGUUUUGCACAUCUUGAACCCAAGACCAAUGCCAUCUCCAAUCAUGCCUGUGGAUGUGGCCAUGAGAAUCUGUCUGGCACACUCUCCACCUCUUCGCAGCUUCCUUGGUUCCUAUGAAAACUGUAAGUCCAGAAACUUGGCCAAACCCUUCAAGCCACUGAGAUCAUGCAUCAGCUCCAAGACCAAGGUGGAGGCCACUAACCGAGGAUGGAAAAGCCCUAAAGGCAAAGGCAAGAAAAGAGUGGUUUUUGCAGACUCCAAAGGCAUGUCGCUAACCGCGAUCCAUGUGUUCAAGGAGUUCGAGGAAGACUCCCUGUUACCUCCAGACUUGCAGUUUGAGAUGUCAGACUUGGAGGAAGCAAUUGUGGGCCUGAAGGUGGAGAAGGAGAAGAGUUUUGUUUUGGACUUCCCCCAGCCUGCUGCAGACUAUCUGGACUUUCGGAACCGUCUCAAGAAGAACCUGGUGUGUUUGGAGAACUGUGUAAUCCAGGACAGAUCCCUCAUGGGCACGAUAAAAGUUAGCAACAUCAGCUUUGAGAAGGCUGUUCAUGUCCGGAUAACGUUUGAUUCAUGGAAAAGCCACAAGGAUGUUCCUUGCGUGUAUAUGAACAACGUUUAUGGGUGCGCAGACACUGACACUUUUUCCUUCACCGUUGCUCUGCCGAGUUCUGUGCCACAUGAGGAUCUGGUGGAGUUCUGCAUCUCCUACAACGCUAAUGACGAGACCCACUGGGAUAAUAACGAUGGGAAGAACUACAGGUUGGCACCUGCAGAUAAUGACAGCAACCAGACCAAACAUGUCACUCAGAAAACAGCGUAUGAGACCAGAAGCACUAACAAAAGGCCUGAGAUGGAGUUUGAUCAGUUUGGGAGCCCAAGGACCUCUAGUGGUUUCUUUCCAGAGUGGCAGAGUUGGGGGAGAAUCGAAAACAACUCCCCCUACUGGUGAGGGUAGAUGCUGCGUCAAAAUGGUGACGACAAAGUUGUGUAGACUUCUCGGAGGAGGUGCUAGAAAUGUAGAGUGAGAUUGUACUAAUAAAUAAAUUUAGGGGAAAAGUUUCAAAGACAAAACUCAAAAAAUCAAUGGCUUCAAAUGCUGAGCCCAUGACGAUGAUCAUAUUGGAUGUAUUCCCUGUUCAAACUAUCCAGUGUUCAGGAUUUUGGCAGAUUUAGAAGUGAAUUGAUCUUUUAGUCAUUGUGAGUCAAAUGCUAACUAUCUAAACACUAUACAACUGAAUGUGAUUUCUCCUAACUUCAAUGUGCACUAAAGUAUUUCCAAGGUUAGAUGUGACCCGAAAUAGAUCACCUUUUUUGCACCAGUCAGUGCUUUAGAAAAAAAAAUAUAUAUAUAGAUAUACGGCAUUAUUGGAAUCUUUUUUUUUUUUUUUUUCCUUCAUCUUCACAAAUGAACUGCGUCACUAUUGUGCAAUAGUUUCUGUCGAAUAGACUUGAUACGAGUUAUUCUGUGAAAUUGACCUGUGUGCAACAUCGAGAGAAAGAAUUCGUCUUGCCCGUGGUGACUCUGAAACACCCGUACAUUCAGCCGGGAGGGAAAGCUCUCCUCCGUAUGCAGUCAGGCUGAUCUUCUGGACGUGCUUCCAUGAAAACAAAGAACGGGGCAAUUUGCACUGUAUAAGAUGCCUUUAAACUCAAUAGCAUGAAAGUGGAGUUAUUUGGUACAACUUGAAGGUGCUUCAUAUUGAAGUUUAUGUAUUUUGUAGUACCGUUGUAUUGGCCACUUUUUGCAGCAGAAGCAAUAAUGUGUACAUUAUUAUUAUGGGCACCUGUGUAAUAUACUGCUGAUCAUUGAAGCAUUUAUUAUUAUUAUUAUUAUUAUUAUUAUUAUUAUUAUUAUCAUCCAUGCACCUUUUUCCUUUUUCCGUUCAGUUUGUACGAUAUAGCUCUGCAUUGCACACACUUGACUUUCUGCCAUGUUUCCUUUUUCCGUUUAUGCUGCUGUGGGUUUUUUGUUUUUGUUUGUUUUUUUUGGAUUAUGCCAGUGUUUUUCUGCAUUGUUUCAUUCAUGUAUGAGAUGAAAUAAUAAAGGGUAUCGAAUGUUACUUGAUGCAAGUGUUGGUAAGUGUAGUAACCCAGAUCUAUAUGGGUGGAGGAGUUGGGGUAUUUAUGAGAUUUGUUCUCGUGUUUCUCAUGUCUGCUUCAUGUCUUCCAUUAGAGGGAAAACUGUCUGGUCAAUGUGAACGAAUGAAUGUGAAUCGUUUUAAUGCAAAUGUGCUGACGUGUGUUAGCCGCUGUGUAUUUUAGAGAGGGGAUGUGUAUGUUGAUUGUAUAAAAGGGCUGGACACUGUGUGGUGUUUGUCUGUUUUCUACUGCAAGGAAAGCUGUCUGUCUACUUUAUUAUUUAAUUCUGUGUUCCUUUUAAGAAAGAAAUUGAAUAAAUUGCAAAGUUUCUACUGUGAAAAA